AUGUUGUCUGUGUUUAUUUUGUUGAAUCUUCUGCAACGAGUUCACUCAGGAGGUACCCCUAUUACUGAAUGUAAAUCUAGCACCGCUCCUGCUCGUCCUGUACCACCUCCAUCUGCUUGCAAAGACAAGGACACAGCCAUCUGCACUGCUGUUUUUGCCCCAUUUGGUGCAGAUGCAGCUGAUAAUGCAGAUCCAUCUAAACCCUUCCUGGUUAAUCCAUAUUGUCUGAACGCAUCGCUUAAAGCACAAGCAGAAGAAACAUGCCCGUCGUCCUGCGCAGUAUGCUGCUUAACACCUGCAUUUAAAUGCAGCAAUGCUGCGGGCGCUGAUUGCACACCUUUUACUACUUCUCCGGAUUUAUGCACAAAUCCGCAAACGGCAGCGGCAGCACUGGAAAGGUGCCCUAAUACGUGUGGGGUAUGCAACAGACCUGGGGCGCUUGGUGGUUGUCCAGACGUUGUCACGAAUUGUGCCCAGUUAUUACCUCUUUUGACAUGCACAAAUCCAUACAUGCAAGCAAAUUGCAUGACAUCAUGCAAUAUUACGACUUCAACAACAGCGGGAGGGUCAUCAUCAUGCAUGGACAGUCGAGCCAAUUGUGCGCAAAUGUCACCGUUUUGCAAUGUGUCACCAUAUUCUACUGUUAUGAGCGAGCAAUGUAGAAGAACCUGUGGCAUAUGCCGUUAA